AUGUCAAGGCUCUCGUCACCCAAGACGUCGAAAUCACCAGUAAGGGACCCAAGGCCAUUGAAGGCUCCGAGAAGGAAUGGAAGGCUGAUUUGGUGGUCUUUCAUGGGAUUUGUUUCUCCUGAGGACUACAUUGCCAAGGAACUUCAAUUGGACUUGGAUCAACGAAACAAUAUUCAUGCCACGUAUGGAGACUACCGUACCAGCAUGGAGGGCGUUUUUGCUGGUGGUGAUUGCCGCCGUGGUCAGAGUUUGGUCGUUUGGGCCAUUCACGAAGGCCGAGGUGUGGCGGAUGCUUGCGAUGACUAUUUGAUGCUGAAGCGCACCGACCACAGCACUGCCAUGCACUCUGCUGGAGGAUUUGCCAACCUCAGCAGUUUGUCGCCUACGUUGUAA